AUGCCUCCUCGUAUUUCAAUUCAGCCUUCUUUGAAAGCCUUGACACGCACGAUAUCCGGACAAAGUCCGGCCCUGUUGUCAAAGGCAAACUCACCUACCCUGAGAGCGGCAUCAACCCAGGCCAAGUCGCCGAGAAAGGCAGAUUUUUUCAUGAUUGCACAAGCUCGCCAACGAAAAGCUGCCAAUAUCUCCCGUCAAACAGCACUCCAGGCCGAACGGGAAGCCUCGCUCGGCAACCCCGUGGAAAACAAGCCCACAUCAUUCAUCCAAAAUAUCCAGGCAGUUCAAAAUGGGUCACAGCUCUCUUCAGCCUCUGGUCUCAACUACUAUCUCAAAUCAAAUGAACUCGGCAGCGCAUUGGAAUUCUCCAGGGACCUGACAGAGCCCCUGCAGAACCCAGAUCCCAACACAGCUGACCCACAGCAUGAGAAGGAGGCUGCGGAUCACCAUCAACAAUCGCACAUAAACGCCAAGGAUGCAAUUCAACGUAUCGUCAAUCUCAACAACGGAAAUACCAAAGAUCGUCUGCGGUUGAACGUGCAGAAAUGUAUCGAGGAAUUCGGGCGUCAUAGCACUGAUUCAUACCUUCCACCAAAACCAGCUAGCGUCAAUCAAAUUUCCGGCCUUGCUCACCCCGAAAAGGCACCACGCGUUGGCCGUGAUACUGGCUCUCCAGAAGUCCAGGUUGCUAUCUUGACUGUUAAGAUUAUGAAUCUAUCUCGACACCUGGAGACAGCCAAUAAGGAUAAACACAACAAGCGCAACUUGCAGCUCCUUGUUCACAAGCGCCAGAAGCUGCUCCAGUAUGUCCGCAGAAAGGAACGAGGUGGGCCUCGCUGGCAAAACCUGAUGGAUACUCUGGGUCUUUCUGAGGCCGCAUGGAAGGGGGAGAUUGCGCUAUAA